AUGGAUCCUAUUAGGGCUGCUGCUCCUUUGCUAUGGCUUUCCCUGUGCUUUGGGAAUAUUCUGGAGGCAGCGGUACUUGGAUCAUUGCAGUACCCCUCCGGUGCGGAUGAUAACGGGCUUGUUUCACAUCUGGAUGAGCGGAGUCGCAGAGAGCCGACAGCGGUGUCCAGGAAAGACCCUCCGAUAAAUGAUACUAUCGUCCCCCAUGACUAUAUGGUAUCUCUAUACAGGACACUAUCUGAGAUAGAGAGCAGAGGGUUUAACAGCAGUGUUCCUCGCACCGCAAGACACGCCAACACGGUGACCAGUUUCGUGGAUCAAGGAAAAGGUGGGUGAAAGUGAUAUAUGUAGGCUUAUUAUCACUCAAGGUAGGCUUAAUCAUGGUGGUUGUCAUUUAUUUAGGGUUGGAAGGCAAUUCAAGUAGCUGUCUCUACUGCACGUAAUAAAUUAAUUGUGAUUAAUGGGUUACAGUCAAUCAGUUAUCCAAAUAUCCAUAGCCUACUGCAAAUUGCUGUACUAUAGCUCAGCCUAUGUGACAAGUCUGUGUUGGAAAAUGAUAUGGUAAAUACUAGACAAGUGAUUUGGGAAUAUUUAGAAAAAUGUCUGUCAUAGGAUAUUUUUGAAACUUUUUGCCAUAUUAAAAAACGAGAUUUCCGCUAAUUAAUUAAAAUAGAAACAUGAAUUGCAAUAUCUUGAAAAACCCGAUACCCUUACAGCGAAUUGCUUGACAAUUGCCUUCACCAGCAUUCAUUAUUUUAAGAUUAAUGCAUUAAUUUGAAAUGCACCCCUACACCACAUUCUUACAUCUGUCAAGUUUGCAACAAUGCGUUAUUGAAAAGUAUGAAGGAGUCUAAAGUAGGCUACCUACAACUGAAACAUUAGUCUAUUUGGGGAGGUAGACUACAUUUGUUUCACAUUUAUAUGGGAGUUUUCUAAAUACUCUAAAUACUUCCAGCGAAAUAUGAAGUCAAAUGUCUCGUAUUUCCAACAUCUGUGAUGUAUAAACCUCACUGGCACCUUGAGCUAAACACUUCGAAAAGGCCUGCUUUCCCCCAGUCCAGGUGUUGCUGAUAAAAACAUACUUGUAAUUUAAAACGGGUGUUCACAUAGAAUAUUUGUUUGAAUAAGUAUACUCUGUCAGUAGACCUAUUCCAUCAAAUUAAAUUGCAGGAAUACAAGUAACUAAACUAUGUCCAAAACCGUUUUUUUUUUAUUGGGCAUUGUGCAAUUUGUUAAUCAGGAUUUUUAAGGAAUACAUUUUCAUGUAAAUAUAAUAACAAUGACACUGUUUUAGGUUCAUGUAAACCUAUAAAUUAUAACAACAACAAUAAUAGUAACUAUAACAACAAGAAUAACAACAAUUAUUAUAUUAGAAUUUUUGGUUUGUGGACCUGUGGCAAGGAAUUAUUUCUCUACUUCCUCUCAAAACAUGUUAUAACUGUGUUAUUCUUUUGUGUUAAGAAAUGUGUUAUUAUUUUCAAAGGACUUUAGUCAUUUAUAUCAUAUUUUUGAGGAUUCCAAACUUGUUUUAAUGAACAAACACAAUUAGAAGGUAAAAGUGGAGGUAAUUAAAAAUCAUUUUAAACUAGAUUCCAAAACAGGCAUGAACAUCUUAUCGGUCUUAAUCAACAAUCACUUAAAUGCAUCAAAGAUGAGAAGUAUCAUUUUAUGUCCCUUCAUGAAGAGUCAUUUCUUGCAUUUUGGUUUCAGAGUCAGUGAUUAGUAUUCCAGAUUUAAGAGACAAUAUUAUAAUUUUUUAUUGAUGUAAUUUAGUUCUGCCAACAAAAUAAUCUAGUCAAUGUGCACCUGCGUGUGAGUUUAAAUGUGUGCACUGACUUUCCUAUUCACUUGCCCCCAUAAAGCUCACAGAGCAAGUUCACCUCAGGUACAUAUAGACACAAAAUGGAUGAAAAGAAUGCAGCUUCAUCUUUUAUUCACUGAGACUACAACAUGGUCUGGGUUAUGUCAUUGUUUUGUCUAGCAAGCAGAUUUUUGCUAGGAUAGUGCUGCUCCCUUCACCUUUCAUUGUCUGGGUAUUCCACUUAAGCCUGCCUAGCUGGUCUUUCUCAGAGGGGGACAAGGGGUAGAGAUCCUCUGCACUAAACAAAGGCUUGUAUGUCCUUUUUCAGCAGGAGCCUCACUGUGCGCAAUUACGACUUAUUUUGAGGUCUCUUCCAUAAUGCAUCGAUGACACGACACCACAAUCUGGCCUUGGAUUCUUAUGCUACCCAUCUGUAUUGGAGAAGAAAGUCCCUUCAUGUUUUAACCAUGGAACUGCGGUUUCGUCCUCAGGUUGCACCGUAUCCCAGGACCUCUUGCUUGGGCUGAAUGUCAACAUCAAAACUUUUGAAAUUUAGGCGAUAGUCUGUUCCCUCUUAGCAAGCUUUCCCCCCUGCCAAUUGCCACAUCUCCGUCAUGGUUGCAACUGUGGUAUGGCUGAUGCUGUGAAUAGCUGUUAUGUGCCAAACUGAAUUCGCUGGGGAGAGGAGGACGUGCACGUGACUAACAUAUCAGAUGCAUAGAAAUUAUUUAAAUAUUCUUCUGUUUGUCUUUCUUUUUCAUGUAUGUGAUACCUCAGGUGAGUGCCAGGUUGCUGUUUGUGGACUACAUCUGUAUGUGCACCCAGCACUACAUGAAAUCCAAACAUUACACUAAACUUACAUUACAUCCCCAUCACUUUGGUGUGUUCAAAUCUCUAAAGCCACCACUUCUCUGAAAUUUACAACCUCUCUAUGAGAAAUAUGGACCGAAGGAGGAUGAAAGGAAAGGAGCUGAGGCCACUUCAGUUUCUCCAGUGUCUCGCCAAGCCCUCCUCUCACUCAGUGUAAUUAGCACAUACUGCCAAGGGCUUGAGCCUGCCUACAGGUCAGCCAAGUGCUUUCCUCCUGGCCUGCUCCUGCAGCUUUCGUCAGCUCUGUUGCUUACAUGUGGACUCAGGCGAUUCAGGCCCAAACAGCGCUUCAUGGCCACAGGCUUUCUGUCUACUGUAGAGAGCCACUGCACUUGACCAAAGGGGAGUUCCUGCCAAACAUUGAAGACUUGUUUACAUAUGGCCGCAGACACUCAGAGAUUUAAGUCAGCUGACGUCCAGUGCUUGGUUUGCGUUCCCCACCCUCUUUUGGAAUAAGUGUGUUGUGAUAACUGUGUAUGUGUGUGUUAGUGUGAGAUUCAAGUGACUAGCCUGUGUUUGAUUCCACUACAGAUCACUCCUCCUGGGGAAGUGGCCAGCGCUAUCUCUUCGACCUCUCCAGCCUGUCCAGAACAGAUGAGCUUGUGGAGGCAGAACUGAGGAUCCUGAGAAAGCCACCGCUGGAUCUCCUUCCUGUGCUGACGUGGGGCAGGAAUCUUUAUCGCCUCCUCCUCUACACAUGUUCGUCUGAGGGGAACUCUGGGAGACGGCUGCUGGAUUCCAGGACAGUCGACGUUCUGGAUGGCGAGCCUCCCAAAUGGGAUGUAUUUGAUGUGUGGGCAAGUGUGAAGGCUCGGCGAAGGAGCCACAAGACAGCAGCAGGCAACGACCUCCUCAUGGCCUGCUUUGACCUGCUGGUCGUUUCGGAGUUGACCAAAGAGGCAGCCAACCCUCUUACAGUAGGGCUGGGACGCCAGUCUCGGCAGCCCCAGGAGAGGGCCUUGCUGUUGGCUUUUUCUCGCACCCGCAGGAAAGAGAACCUGUUCAAGGAGAUUAGGGAGCAGAUGAAGGCAGUGCAAAGAGAUAUGGGUUUUCUGGAUCCUUUGGACCUCUCUGGUGACGUGGUUGGUCACCUAUCCAGGCGACGCAGACGCCGGACUGCCCUGACCAGCAGAUCUGUAGGUGGAGCUGGUGGGGGAGGAGGAGGAGGCGGUGGUGCUGGAGGAGGUGGAGGAGGAAGGGGUGGUGGAGGCAGCGGGCGCAGGAAGACUCGAUGCAGCCGCAGGCAGCUCCAUGUCAACUUCAAGGAGUUGGGCUGGGAUGACUGGAUCAUCGCACCGCUGGAUUAUGAGGCGCACCAUUGUGAGGGCGUGUGUGACUUCCCGCUGCGCUCACACCUGGAGCCUACAAAUCACGCCAUCAUUCAGACACUUAUGAACUCUAUGGACCCUGACUCCAGCCCGCCCAGCUGCUGUGUCCCCUCCAAACUCAGCCCCAUCAGCAUCCUCUACAUUGACUCUGGCAACAAUGUGGUCUACAAGCAGUAUGAGGACAUGGUGGUGGAGAGCUGCGGCUGCAGGUAG